AAAAAACGAAGCCAAACCAAAAAAAAAACCCAACAACAUUUCUUGAAGUGGGGAUAAACGUAACAGUAAGCUUACAAGGAAUGAACUUUCACUAACAGCAAGGAUCAUCUUUUUGAUCUUUUGUUCCAUGCACAUUUUCUCUAUUGUGUUUUAUUGGACAGGCCAUGGAUUGUUGGAAAGAAGUGAAAAGCAGCAGCUGGAUUUAUCCUACCUUGAUUCUCUGCACAUAUGGAUUUUUCUCUGCAAUGAGACCAGCAGAAUCUUUUCUUACGCCUUACCUCACAGGGCCAGAUAAAAAUUUGACCAUUGAAGAGGUGACAAAUCAUGUUUUUCCAGUUUGGACAUACUCCUACCUAGUGCUGCUGGUUCCAGUUUUCCUGAUCACAGACUACAUGCGCUAUAAGCCCAUCAUUAUUCUCCAAGGAGCUGGCUCUCUCAUUACUUGGCUGAUGCUACUUUUUGCACAAGGAGUGGUAGCCAUGCAGCUGAUGGAAGUUUUCUACGGCAUGUUCACAGCCACAGAAAUAGCUUAUUAUGCCUACAUUUAUAGCACUGUUAGUGCUGACCACUAUCAGAAAGCAACAAGCUACUGCAGAAGCAUCACGCUAGUUGCAUCCACAGUUGGGGCAGUGCUGGGACAACUGUUGGUGUCCUUGGCAGGCUUAUCCUAUUUUUAUCUAAGCACUAUAAGCUUGGUUUCUGUCUCCCUGGCAUUUUUUACCUCACCUCUGUUACCAAUGCCCCCAAAAAGCAUGUUCUUUCAUAGAAAAGGGCUCUCAGAUACUGUCUCAGAAAGAGCAGGCAAAGAGAUAACACCAAACGCAUCCAGCACUAACAAGCACCCUGGUCACCAAGAUGACAAAGACUCUGUCAUGUCAGCUGCAAACCCCAGCACCUCACCUGAGUGCCACCCUAACACUGCUAAGCAACAGAAUCACGUGCUGAGAGUGCUGGUACAAUUGUUCAAGGACAUGAAGGAGUGCUACGGCACAAAGAGGCUUCUUUACUGGUCUCUCUGGUGGGCGUUAGCCACUGCAGGCUUCUAUCAGGUCCUGAAUUAUGUCCAGGUGUUAUGGGACCACAGGGCACCUUCCCAGAACUCUGCAGUAUACAAUGGGGCUGUGGAAGCAAUAGCAACUUUCCUGAGCUCAGCAACAUCCAUGGCAGUUGGAUAUAUGAGAAUAAACUGGGAUCUUUCAGGAGAACUGGCCUUGGGGAUCUUCUCUGCAGUGAAUGCAGGUGCCCUGUUUCUCAUGCAUCAUACUGCCAACAUUUGGGCAUGCUAUGCUGGCUACUUGGUUUUCAAGGCGUGUUAUAUGUUCCUCAUAACAAUAGCAACAUUUCAGAUUGCUGUUAACCUCAGCAUGGAACGUUAUGCUUUGAUGUUUGGAUUCAACACCUUUCUCGCACUGGCAAUUCAGACAAUUUUAACUCUUGUUGUAGUUGAUUCAAGAGGCCUGGGAUUGGAUAUAGUCACUCAGUUCCUAGUGUAUGGCUGCUAUUUUGCAGUAAUUGCUGGAAUUUUCUUAAUGAGAAGUAUUUAUAUACUUGACUGUACCAGAUGCAGAAGAGAGAAACAGAGCUUUCCUAAAGAACAUCUCACCCUUAAGGAACAAGGAUCAGAAGAACCCGUUACAACUGGCAGUGCAACGCGGCUAUAAUUGCAAGCACCUUGACUACGCCAGGCAUAUGAGCUCUAUAACGCUUGUUAUUUAUACUCUUGAUCAGGGGUUGGCAACAUAUAGCCUACGGGGCAGGUAGCUUCUAGCUGUGCCCAUGCUGCUGCUGCUUUUCUCUGCUUUCCCAGAUUCUGUCCAAUGCAGGCUGGGUCAUUUCAAGGGGCACAUGAGCAGCUGGGGGCUUUGCCUGUACCCACACCACAGCCAGAUACCUGGGAGCUGCAGCCACACUGCUACCGCUUCUGUCAGCUGCGCAUGCCUUGGCUGAAGUGUGAAUGCAGCUUCCAACUGAUGGGGAGAUGCACUGGGAUGAGGUAUCUGCAAACUGCACCCAUGCCACUUCUUCCCUCUGUCCCUCUCUACAACAGCUGUGGCAAAUGUGGUGGUGGGGAGUUGUACUGGGGCCAGGUAG